GCGGCGCGCGCCCCGGGUCCACCUUGCGCCGCCCCGCGCGCAGGCGACGAGCAGCUGCCGGGAAACCCUAUGAACUCUCCAGAAAGGGCGUGACGAAGGGUCCUGCGGGGCGCGGUCCCGAAAGCCCCGAUCUCCUUCGGUGGAGCUUAAGGGCAGCAAAGCAGAGGAGCGCUGGAGGAUGAGUGUGCGGCCUCUGGGAAUCUCCACACGGUAAUGCCAGCAUGAUGUUGGACACACAUGGGAAGAGGUGCGGCCAUUGGAGACUGAAGCCAAGUUCCCUGCUGUUCUUGCUUGUUUUAUGUGUUACCUGUGUUCCUCGCUCAGUGUGCGGAUGUGGCAGCUGCAGACUUGUCCUGUCCAAUCCUUCGGGUACCUUUACUUCUCCAUGUUACCCUAAUGACUACCCUAACACCCAGUCUUGUUCAUGGACCCUCCGAGCCCCUGCCGGCUACAUCAUUCAGAUAACGUUCAAUGACUUCGACAUUGAAGAAGCUCCCAACUGUAUCUAUGACUCACUGUCCCUUGAUAAUGGAGAGAGCCAGACAAAAUUCUGUGGAGCGACUGCCAAAGGCCUGUCAUUUAACUCAAGCGUGAAUGAGAUGCAUGUGUCUUUUUCAAGCGACUUUAGCAUCCAGAAGAAAGGUUUCAACGCCAGCUACAUCAGAGUUGCUGUGUCCUUGAGGAAUCAAAAGGUCAUUUUGCCCCAGACAUUAGAUGCUUACCAGGUAUCAGUUGCAAAAAGCAUCUCCAUUCCAGAGCUCAAAGCUUUCACACUCUGUUUCGAAGCCUCCAAAGUUGGCCAUGAAGAUGAUGACUGGACAGCUUUCUCCUACUCAGACGAGUCCCUUACACAGUUGCUCAGUCUUGAAAAGGCCAACAAUGGCUACUUCCUGUCCAUUUCUGGCUCAAGAUGCUUGUUGAACAACGCAUUACCUGUGAAGGAAAAAGAGGACAUCUUCACCGGAAACUUGGAGCAGCUUUGUCUUGUGUGGAAUAAUUCUUGGGGCUCCGUUGGUAUAAAUUUCAAAAAGAACUAUGAAACGGUUCCAUGCGAUUCCACCAUCAGUGCUGUCGUGCCUGGGGAUGGGACACUGCUGUUGGGCUCCCACAGAGAUGAGAUCGCCUCUCUAAGGGGCAGCAUCUAUAACUUUCGACUUUGGAAUUUUACCAUGGAUCUGAAAGCCCUCUCCAACCUCAGCUGUAGUGUGUCUGGGAAUGUCAUAGACUGGCACAAUGACUUUUGGAGCAUCUCAACCCAAGCUCUGAAAGCCGAGAGCAACCUGAGCUGUGGUUCAUACCUGAUCCAGCCUCCUGCGGCAGAGCUGACAAACUGUUCAGAACUGGGGACUCUCUGUCAAGCAACUGUAAGCCCUCCUUCUACUCCACCACCCACUGUCACCACUAAUAUCCCUGUUACUAACAGAGUCCAUAAACAAAAGAAUGACGGAAUACUGUACCGAAUAUCUGUUGUGAUUCACAAUGACUUUAAACACCCUGAAGUAAAAGUACAGACCAAAGUAGCAGAAUGGCUCAACUCAACCUUUCAGAACUGGAACUACACCGUUUAUGUGGUUAAUAUAAGUUUUCACCAAGAAGUAGGAGAGGACAGGAUGAAAGUCAAGAGAGACAUCAUGGAUGACGACAAAAGGUUGGUGCUCUGGGCCCUUCUAGUCCACAAUGCUACCAAUAACGUCAGCCUGAAUGAAGAGAAGAUUAAACAAAAGCUUCUAAGAAACAAUGCAUCGCUAGAGGAUGGCCUGAGGCUGUGCGAAGUCGACGUGAACCAGCUGGGUAUGUGUAGCGCCGUGGAGGAUCCAGAUGGCUUUAGGUGGCCAGCCACCUUACCCUCUGUCUACAAACAACCAUGUUCAAACAAGCCUGGCUUUUUUAUGACGCGGGCAUGCCUUUCUAAUGGAACAUCAACCUUCUGGGGCCCUGUCGACGCUUCCAACUGUUCAAGACAAUCAAACGAAGUAGCCAAUGAAAUUCUAGACCUAACUGGUGAUGGGCAGAACCUCACCUCGGCUAAUAUCAACAGCAUUGUAGAACAGGUCAAACGGAUCGUGAACAAAGAAGAAAACAUUGACAUUACCCUCGGCUCCACUCUAAUGAAUAUAUUUUCUAAUAUCUUAAGCAGUUCAGAUAGCCAUUUGCUUGAGUCUUCUACUGAAGCUUUAAAAACAAUUGACGAGCUAGCCUUCAAAAUAGACCUAAAUAGCACCUCACACGUGAAUAUUGAGACACAGAAUUUGGCCCUUGGAGUCUCAUCCCUGAUGCCAGGGACGAAUGCACCUUCAAAUUUUAGCAUUGGUCUUCCAAGCAAUAACGAAUCUUACUUCCAGAUGGACUUCGAGAAUGGACAGGCAGAUCCACUGGCAUCUGUGAUUUUGCCUCCAAAUUUGCUUGAGAACUUAAGUCCCGAGGAUUCUGUGUUGGUCAGGAGAGCACAGUUUACCUUCUUCAACAAAACUGGACUUUUCCAGGAUGUUGGCUCUCAAAGAAAAGUCCUAGUGAGUUAUGUGAUGGCGUGCAGCAUUGGAAAUAUUACUAUCCAGAAUCUGAAAGACCCGGUUCAAAUCAAAAUCAAACACACCAGAACACAGGAAGUGCAUCAUCCUAUCUGUGCCUUCUGGGAUCUGAACAAAAACAAAAGUUUUGGGGGGUGGAAUACCUCAGGAUGUGUUGCCCACUCUGAUUCGGACGCUGGUGAGACCAUCUGUCUGUGCAGCCACUUCACUCACUUUGGGGUUCUGAUGGAUCUUCCAAGGAGUGCCUCACAAAUAGAUGGAAGAAACACAAAAGUCCUCACAUUCAUUACCUAUAUUGGGUGUGGAAUAUCUGCCAUUUUCUCAGCUGCAACUCUCCUAACAUAUGUUGCUUUUGAGAAGCUGCGCAGGGAUUAUCCCUCCAAAAUCCUGAUGAAUCUGAGUUCAGCCCUGCUCUUCCUGAACCUCAUCUUCCUCCUGGAUGGCUGGAUCACUUCCUUUGGUGUGGCUGGACUCUGCACAGCUGUGGCGGUCCUGCUGCACUUCUUCCUUCUGGCUACCUUCACCUGGAUGGGGCUGGAAGCCAUCCACAUGUACAUUGCUCUUGUGAAAGUGUUUAACACUUACAUCCACCGGUAUAUUCUAAAAUUCUGCGUCAUAGGCUGGGGUCUGCCAGCCUUGGUGGUGUCAGUUAUUCUAGUGAGCAGAAGACAAAAUGAAGUGUAUGGAAAAGAAAGUUAUGGGAAAGAUCAGGAUGAUGAAUUCUGCUGGAUUCAGGAUCCUGUGGUAUUUUACGUGAGCUGUGCCGGGUACUUCGGAGUCAUGUUCUUCCUGAAUGUCGCCAUGUUCAUUGUAGUCAUGGUACAGAUCUGUGGGAGGAAUGGAAAGAGAAGCAACCGGACCCUGAAAGAAGAGGUUUUAAGAAACCUGCGCAGUGUGGUCAGCCUGACCUUCCUGCUGGGCAUGACGUGGGGUUUUGCUUUCUUUGCCUGGGGACCCUUAAAUAUUCCUUUCAUGUACCUCUUCUCCAUCUUCAACUCAUUACAAGGUUUAUUUAUAUUCAUCUUCCACUGUGCAAUGAAGGAGAAUGUUCAGAAACAGUGGAGGCGUCAUCUCUGCUGCGGCAGGUUUCGGCUAGCAGACAACUCAGACUGGAGUAAGACAGCUACCAAUAUCAUCAAGAAGAGCUCCGAUAACCUGGGGAAAUCUUUGUCUUCAAGCUCCAUUGGCUCCAAUUCAACAUAUCUCACAUCCAAAUCAAAAUCCAGCUCCACUACCUAUUUCAAAAGAAACAGCCACUCGGAUAAUUUCUCCUAAGAGAAUUCCUUCAACAAAAGUGGAUCACUCAGACGGCACUUCCACGGACAAGUCCCUGUCAAAACUGACCCACGCUGGUGGAGAACAGACAUCAGUCAUCCCAGUCCAUCAGGUUAUUGAUAAGGUCAAGGGUUACUGUAACGCCCAUUCCGAUAACUUCUAUAAAAAUAUCAUCCUGUCAGAGGCCUUCAGCCACAGCACAAAGUUUUAAUGUCAUUGAGAGGGGAAACAAAGGGAAAAGGAAAACCUGUCUGGAGAAGUGUGAUGCCCAGCAAGCACUGAAAGCCACGCCUGGGGAAUGUCGGUGUGCUGCUCCGUAGGAAACUGCAGAGCAUAGAGGAUUGAGUGCAUCUUGUUCAGAAAGCAUCUGUGAGGUGCAGAGUUCAUCUGGGUUGGAAUACUUCCAUGGUCGAGCUCAGCCAUCACACUUCAGAACUGAGAACACUGUGAGCCCCGCAAGGAUACAAGACUUCUUAGAAUGUAAUUGAAUCAAACUCAUCAGAAUGGGGGGAAAGGCAUUAAAAUUAGAGGCCUUAAGAGGAAGAACCCCAAGAAGAAAUUUGAGUUUAGCUCUCAUAGUCCAAACCUCAUAGUUAGGCUCGGAUGUAGCCUGACUCUCAUAAAGACGACGUAGAAAACACACUAAUUACUGUUUGUAGUGACUUUGGAUGUUCACGGGUUCUGUUCCAAUGCUAUUUUCUAUGAAUAUAGCAGCAUCGUUUCCUUUUUCAGUGAAACUUCAACCAUAAGUAGAAAAGAAUGUUUACUAUUUGACCCACAUAUUAAACAUGCUUUUUUUUUGCUCUAGUAUGGCAAAUAUUGAAUGUUCGUGAACAUAACUUGCUGAACAAGUAUGUCAAAAAUUCGAUCUAGUCAAUACAUUCUGUGGAUUUCUAAUAUCUCAAGACAUGCGACUUAAGCAUCACCAUUAUCCCGUGCAUAUAAAUAAAUCCAGUUGAAUGUGGACAUCACUUACAUUCAAGUGGGCCUCCUGGAACUUAAGAACCUCUCCUGUCCCCUUCCGUGUGCACAUAGGCCCAUAGGCUUGUUAGAGGGAUGAUAAUUCCCAUUAAGCACUCCAUGCAAUGGCCUCUCACUGUUUAAAGAACACACUUUUGAGAUUAUGUGGUCCUAUCCUUGUUUUAAUGAUGUAAUUUAAGACAUUCCAAAUCACAUAAACUUCAGAGGCCUCUGGCUCCCUCUAGUGACAAGUUUGUUCCAAGGAGCAUACACUGAAGCAUACAGCUGUCUAGGUUAAUGAAAAUAAUUUAUAAACGUGUAGUCCUACAACUGCUAGUUAAAAACUGUUCUGGGCCCUCUGAUCUGAGUGAAUGAGACCCUAAGGAGGGCUGGCAGGACUUACUGCUCUAGUGGAAGAUGCAUGGAUCAGACUGUGGCAUGCAAGUCAUGCAGAACAUGAAGCAGCUUACCUAACUCUUAAACUAUCCUAAGCAGUGUGUGCUUGCUUGUUAGUGAGGGUGUAGGUUGAGCCCAAGUGGUGGAGUCCGUUCACUGGCCUCAGUGCACGCUGGCUUUAGCCCCGUGCUCAGGGUUCUCUGGGAAGUUUCAGGUUUCCAAGAUAGCACAGUGAGUGACGACAAAGGGGACAAAGGGAGAUUUUUAGCACAGCCAGCCUGCUAGAAGGGAGAAGCAGCCAGAAUAGAACAUCCGUGCAGAAAGUAGGCCAUUCUCAGCUAGAAUACUGAAGAACUUGCAGGUUUUGAAACAUCUGACAGGUCCCCUUCACUCUCUGAGUGUCAGUCAUGAAGCUAUUUGCCAGGCUGCAAAGGAUGUCACUAGAACAUGGCAAUGGGGGUUGUUAUUGCCAUUCAUUCUUGUAGCAACCUGGACUGCCAUCUUGGCAGGCCUGAACUUUGCUGGGCCUGGUGUUCACAAAGGAGGAGGCCAUGUAGGAGAAAGGGGUAGUGAUUUAGUCUUAAGGUGACUAAGAUUCACCUCAGUAGAACCAAUCCUUUUGCGGGGAGGGGAGGGGGGCUUAUAUUAGCAGGCUGCUCAUUGUACCACAGGAUACAUAUAGGUAGAAUUUAAUCUCAAUAGACACUGACUAUUGAUAUACCCCCCCCAAACUUAAGGUGUUAAUGGUAGAUUUUAAUUACCUGUGAGAGUUCUGCACAAAGUGAAUAUUUAGCUAAUAGAAAUCACAAUUUUGCUUCAAACAUGGCUUUGCUUUUUAUUUUUUUUUCUUACCAGCAUUCAGAUCUGAGAAAGAUUUUUUUUUAUUUUUUUUCAUAUUUGGCAAGGAUGCCAGCUCCAUUUAAAAAAAAUCUCCAAUAACCAGGUAAGAAAAGAAAGAAAAAAAAGAAGAAGAAGAAGAAACAACAGGCCAGAUGUAUUUGCAAGUAGGUUUAAAAGACUGGUCCAAAUUUUGCCUUCAAUUACAAGUCUGUGGCUCUCACUGGGCUCUCUCAUGGGAUGGGGUUCCAUGGGAGAGUCAGGGUUCAGGCUCCACGCAGCUGUAAAACAGCCCCAAUCCAGACUCUGGUCAUUUGCUUCCCACCCUCUCUUUUCACUGUUAUGGGUUCAAGGUUUAGCCUAGGGUCCAUUCUUGUCACUGUUUCUUACUGGGUAGAGCGCCUUUGGCAAUGUCUCUUCUGUACAUAUUUAUUUAUUUGUGUUCACGUCAGUUUGUUUCAUAUCUUAGCUUUCUUUUGCCCAGCUUUAUUGUUUUAAUUAACCGCCCAUUAGAGAAACUGUACUUUUUUUCUAGAAAAAAAAUUGUGAAACAGUUUUCUGUAUUGCAAUAUUGUUGAAUAUGACAGGUAAAGCAACUGUGAGGGCGAACUAGAAUUAGUAGUGAGAAACUGCUAAAGCUGAUUUGCCAUUUUACUGAAAUGGAAAAUGAUUUUUUUUCAAAUAAAUACUUAUAUUGUU